AAGCUUGCAAGCAGAAGUGGUUGGAGUUUAUGUUAGACUAAAGGGCCCAAUUCCAGGACCCUCUUUCUUGUGCCCUGAUCUGAAGCCUCAGCUUUUGCUAACCAGGUGUGACCAUGUCUGUGACUCUGCAACAUGUCCUCUACAGUCUUCAGGAGGAGCAAUCCAGGCUCAAGAUGAAGCUGCAGGAGCUGCAGCAGCAGAAAAGGGAGCUCCUGGCCUCUCCCAAAGAUAAGAUUCCAUUCCCAGUGCCCGAAGUCCCCCUGGCCUUCCAAGGCCACACUCAGCGGAGCAAGCAAGUACCCAAGUUCCUAGUUUCUAACUUGAAGAUCUGCUGCCCUCUGCCUGGAGGUUCUGCUCUGGUCACCUUUGAUGAUCCCAAAGUGGCCGAUCAGUUGCUACAACAAAAGGAACAUAAAAUUGACAUUGAGGAAUGCCGGCUUCGGGUGCAGAUCCAGCCCCUGGAGCUGCCUGUGGUGACCAACAUCCAGGUAUCCAGCCAGCCAGAUAGUCACAGGGUGCUAGUCAGCGGCUUUCCUUCUGGACUUCAGCUAAGUGAGGAGGAGCUGCUAGACAAGUUGGAGAUCUUCUUUGGGAAGGCCAAGAAUGGAGGCGGGGAUGUGGAGACCCGGGAGGUGUUGCAAGGGACGGUCAUGCUAGGUUUUGCUGAUGAAAAAGUGGCCCAGAACCUAUGCCAGAUUGGCCAGUUCAGAGUGCCCCUGGGCCGGCAGCAGGUGCCUCUGAGAGUCUCUCCCUAUGUGAGUGGGGAGAUCCACCAAACCAAGAUAAAAUUCCAGCAAGUGCUUCACUCGGUGCUCGUGACGAACAUUCCCGAUGUCCUGGAUGCCCAAGAAUUGCAUGACAUCCUGUCGAUCCACUUCCAGAAGCCUACCCGUGGAGGCGGGGAGGUAGAGGCCCUGUCAGUUGUACCCUCAGGGCAGCAGGGCCUGGCUGUCUUCACCUCUUUGGCAAGCUAGGUCUGCAUGUAUGGCCACCUGCUAGGGACUGGCGUCACAUACUGCCUAAUGCUAGGAGGACAGUGAAAGCCAACCCCAGUGUGGUGGAGGGAGGCGGAGGGGAGGGAGGACCCAGACUUUGACAAGUGCCCUUUCCUUGAUCCGUUCUUUCCACCACUUCUUUUUCCCUGAAGUGGCAGGGUUUCCCUGUGUAACAGCCCUGGCUGUCCUGGAACUCACGCUGUAGACCAGGCUGGCCUUGAACUCACAGAGAUCUGCCUGCCUUUGCCUCUCUAGGGCUGGGAUUAAAGGCUCCUGCCACCACCACCUGGCA